AUGACUACGACCGAAUACGAUGUCGUGAUUGUGGGCGGUGGCCCUGUCGGUCUCUUGGUGGCAUACCAGAUGGCACGCUUCGGCGUGUCGGUAUGUGUACUUGAGAAGCAGGAUACCAAGACGCAGGAAACCUUUGGGCGGGCAAUCGCUCUAUUUCCCCGAACAUUGGAGCAGCUAGAUCAGCUCGACCUGAUCCAACCUAUGCUGCAGAAGGGGUUCGCGUGCCGGGAAAGCGUCACCUACAAAGAUGGAAUUCAGCAGAUUCCCGGAAGAGUCUGGACGUUCAUGGAGAAUAUCAAGGGCACUCGAUUUGAUUUCACUCUCGUUCUCCGACAAAUGUAUACCGAGGCCAUCCUCCGUGAAAAACUAAAGUCCGUCGGCGCCGUCUACUAUCAGUCAACAGAGUGCACUGGCUUUGAGAUCGACGAUGCUGCACCACUCGAUGCCUACGGUGUGACAUCUCAUUUUGUGGAUACACAAACUCAAAGGUCUAUGACAUUGCGCAGCAAAUUCAUCAUUGGCGCGGACGGCGGUCGCAGUUUUGUCCGCAAACAUGCUGAGAUCCCCUUUGAUGGCGAUACAUCUGAAGACAAGUGGAUUCGGAUUGAUGGCCUCGUGGAAACGGACAUGCCCAUCAAUCGUGCGUAUGGUGCCAUCGAAAGCAAAUCACAUGGAAACAUCCUCUGGGCGCCCCUGGAUCAUGGAGCGACACGCAUAGGCUAUGCUUACACUGCCGAGAUCGCUGCGAAGUAUCCCGAGGGAGUGACCGAGGAGGUCGCUGUAAAGGAAGCCAUCGAAGGCAUGAAGCCAUUCGACGUCAAAUUCACAGAGGUGCACUGGUGGACACUGUAUACAAUUGGACAGCGCAUGGCCCGCGAUUUCUCGACUAAGGAACGAGUCUUCCUUUGUGGCGAUGCCGCCCACACUCACAGCAGCGGCGCCGCGCAAGGAUUGAACACCGGUAUUCACGACGCAGUGAACCUGUGUUGGAAAAUAGCCUCGCAGAUCCGUGGCUACACUCAACCAGAGGUCCUGAAGACCUACUCUGCCGAGCGCAAGACUGCCGUUGAGAAACUGAUCAAAUACGACAAGGACAUUUCCCUUCUCAUGACCCACAAAUGGCCAGCAUGGUAUGACGGGGAUAAAAAAGCUGAUCCAUAUCUCGUCCUUGGAAAGAUUUUCGAGCAGGCAGCAUCUUUCAACACCGGGUUGGGCAUCUCGUAUCCUGAGAAUAUUGUCAAUCAGGCUCUGUCGGGGGAACUCGGCGUCGAACCGGGGACUCGAUCUCCUGACGCCGAGAUUAUUGUACCUGGAAUCAACCACAAGACUAGCGUCCACCAGGUCGCUCGCAAUCUAGGAAACUUUUGGGUCUUUGUAUUCACAGGACAGGUGGAAUUCACCGGGUCUGCACUGAAAGCACUCCGGAGCUAUCUGGAAACCGACAAGGAGCUGUAUUCCCAUCCAGGUCUGCGGUGGAUUACAGUUAGUGCCACCCCCGGGUCCUCGCCUUACGAAGCAUUGGGCAUGCAACCGUUUGGCGAUACGUACUUUGACCCAACCGGCGAGGCCCAUGGCCCGAUGGGUUAA